CUUGUUAUGAGUCACGUUAAAGCGUGGUCUCGUUCCCUGACAUCAGCUACAGCGCGGUGUGCAGGAUGAGCUCUGGCAAUGGGGCGAGGAGGAAAGUCGGGAAGCAGCAUUUCAACAACACGGUGGCGUUUGACCCUGAAACCCUGGCUGAGGUUCAGGGUCUUUUCAGUAAAGUAAGAAGCUAUGUGAAACCUGCCAGUGGGGAGUGGGGCCUCCCCGACCCAAACGUGGCUCUAAGACAACCUGCGGAGCAGCACUGCCGCCUGCAGGCCCUGAAGGCAUCGCUGAACGACGUGAAGAACCAGCUCAGUGACAAGAACGUCCAGGUAUGGCAUCAGCACACCAACUCCACCAACCGAGCGGGGACGGUGAUCUCCGCCGUGCGCUCUGCGGCCAACGCAGAGAUCUGCACUCAGGCCUGGUGCAAGUUCUCCGAGAUCCUGGGGAGCUUUAGACUUCUCCCAGAGGAGGCCCUUCAGAACGGAGAGCUGAACACGGUCCAUCUGUGUGAAGCUCCAGGGGCUUUCAUAACCUCUCUGAACCACUACACCAAAACCAGCGAGUCCACGCGUUACUGUGACUGGAGCUGGGCCGCCAACACUCUCAACCCGUACCACGAGGCCAACGGCGGCAGCACCACCAUCGCGGAUGAUCGGCUGAUUGCCAACACUCUGCCCUGGUGGUUCUUCGGCUCUGACAACACGGGCAACAUCAUGAUCCAGAAACAUUUGCUGGAGCUGCAGGCGUUUGUGGCUAACAUGCGUACAGUGGACGUGGUGACGGCAGAUGGAAGCUUCGACUGUCAGGAGAAGCCUGAUGAGCAGGAGGCGCUGGUGGCGUCGCUGCACUACUGCGAGGUCACAGCUGCACUGCUGCUGCUGAGCCCCGGGGGCUCCUUCGUGCUCAAGAUGUUCACUCUGUAUGAGCACUCCUCCGUCUGCCUCCUCUACCUGCUGAACUGCUGUUUCCGCUCCGUCAACGUCUUCAAACCUGCCACCAGCAAGUCGGGAAACUCUGAGGUUUAUGUGGUGUGUCUGGACUAUGAGGGCAAGGAAGCCGUGAGGCCUCUGCUCUCCAAACUGAUCCGUAACUACGGCCCACAGCUGGCGGACCGAGAGGCACUUUUCCCAAACUCGCACCUCCCAGAGUCGUUUUUGAAGCAGCAUGAAGAAGUGUGCUCGUACUUCACCAGGCUGCAGGUGGAGACGAUCACAGAAAACCUGCGACUGUUUGGAGCAAUGAGCAGCGAGCAGAGGCAGCGGCUCGACUUCAUCAGAGACGGAACCGCUCAGGAGUAUCUGCUGCGCUUCCAGGUGAGCUACCUCCAGCGGAGUCGAUGGGUCUCUCGAAACACGGUGAGUCCCGCGUGCUGCAACGUCUCAGCGGGACGGCCUCUGGGACAGAAGAAGCAAACAGGCUCCUUCAACGAGCGCAGGGAGUUGCAGACCUUGAGCUGGAGGGAACGCAUCGAGAGGGGUUGCCAUGCCGCCUCGAUACAGAAACACUGCGCCCAGACCAGAGGGACCGGCAGCGUACUGCAAGGACCCCGGUCCGAGUGUCACGUGGACUCAUGGUACGUUAUUGCAGGGGCUGCUCUGCCUGCAGUGAGAAACUCUGCGUUCUGUGAAGGAGGGCUGCUGAACCACCUGAACGACGCUCUGACGGACACAGCAGCGGACUGGACUCCUCGCUGUCACUCUUGCCAUGGCGCUUGCUGGGCCUCCAUCAUGUCCGACGUUGCAGGCCUUUGCGUCUCAAAAGCAGGGGACAAUAAGCAGAGACAGUGCCUGGUGUUUGGCAGCCAAUCAGCGUGGGGGGCUGGUGAAAGCCAACAUGGGGAUUUAGUUUUAACAUUUUCUGCAGAGCCCUCAGCUCCUCACAGAGAUCUGGUGGCGCUGCACGACGGGGAGCCGCGGUACCAGCAGCAGCUCUUAGCGUGUGUGGUGUGUUCCCUGCAGACCCUCACCUCGGGGGACGCCCUGCUGCUGCCCGUGUUCUCUGCCCUCACCCGAGUCACCGCAGCUGUCGUGCUCUGCCUGCAUGCGUGUUUUAGCUCUGUCUCGUUCAGGUGUCCUUCACCUUCGGGGAUUACUGGGGCAGUUCUUGUAUGUGUUGGCUUCUGCCCUGAAGCUGCUGCACGGAUACUUCCUGUUCUCAGCGACGUCCACAGCUGCAUGGGUCAGGGGUUGAGAGAAGAGGAGGGUGACAAUGUGCCGUCUGGGUGUGACAGUCAGGUGCUGCAGUUUGUUCCCAUGGAAGAGAUGCUCACAGGAGGACUGACUGACUUCUUGCGGACCAUGAACUCUGAAAUCAUCCAACAGAAGCUGCAUCUGCUCAUGCAAUCAUAGUGCAGUUUAGUGAGCUGUGACGCCCUUCAUCGCUUCACAAGCUGUCUCAUUAUGUCUGUGUUAUUCUCGUUGAAUCAGAACACUGUUCAGCUACAUGUCCCUCCAGCAGUUAAUCACUGAAUCACUUCUGUAUGCCAAUAUAAAAAGACUACAACACUGAUUAGGCUUUGCACUGCGAACACAUUUCAGGCUCAAAAUGAACACAUUUACAGAGAGGACCAAAUCAAUGCAGCAAAACCAGAGAUAUUAUCUUUUUUUCUCCAUUUAUUCUUCCUGAAUUAUUUGUUAGUAUAUAUUCCUACUUUCACAAUUCAGGAAUAAUACGUUAUUUCAUAAUGCCUUUUGUACUUUGUAUUUAAUUUGUAUAUUAAGGGUUUACAUUUCUGAAAAUAUGUAAUCAUUUGUAAUAGUGACACUUGAAGUACAUAUGUGCUGAUAUCAUUGAUAUGAUUCAAUCAUCUUAUAUUUAUCCACCACACGUAUCAGUUGGGCUUUAAUGCAAAAGUCCAAACCGUGAAGUUAAAUAAGGUAAACCUUCACUUCGCCACAAAUUCUCUCAAAUCUUUUAUUAUCUCAGUUUCAACUAAAUCCAAGUCUGCUAAAGCCUUUACUCAUCCUGCAGGCGAGAACAACAUUGUCUCAUGAUACAAAUUUGCAGUGCAUGAAAAUUCAAAUUACUUUCAGCACUUGAUCAGCAGAACUCAUCCGUGACUGAAUCCUUGAGGGGAUUUGAGGGAGGAGUGAGCAAACAACAGUCCAACCCGCAGCAGCAAGCCUCCUGUCAGUCACAGAUGGUUUGCGCUGAAAUCCACCUCACAGAGAGCCGCCAUGCAGUUUUACCCCAACGAGCCCGUUGUGUUUUACAAAACAUUGUUUUAUCCCAGGAUGUUCGAGAUCGUUUUCUGUUUUUGCCAUCAUGCAACACACAGGGGACUUCCUGUUAAACAAAUAAUGUCUAUCUUUUAUUUCCAGUGAGAAAAAACAUAAUUCCACAUAUGAAAUAUGAUAGUCACUGAAAUGUUUUAUCCUGCAUGAGCAACUCACUAAGGGGCUUUUAAGAAAAUAAACAAUAUCAGAAUAUUCGCUUCACUACAUGCACAUGUUUACAUUUUUAGGGUUCUGGUUUAUAAUAUAACAACGUUGUUACUGAGGAGUUUAUUUUCCAACUAAAACAAUAAAAAUGUGCACU